AUGGAUCGACCUGAUGCGCAGAUUGUAUACGAAGAUGCCAUUGACUACUGGACCAGCAUCCCCCCAACAGUGGACGGUGUUCUGGGUGGGUAUGGUGAAGAGACAGUCGUUCCCGUGAUGGAUAUUCUCGGAUCUCAGCAUUUCAUACGCAAACUCAAAUCAAGGAUGGUCGUGACACCACCACACCAGAAAAUCGGUGUUGACAUUGGUGCCGGUAUUGGGAGGGUCACGAAGAAUUUCUUGUCCAAACAAUGUGAUUCUGUCGACUUGGUGGAGCCUGUAAAACCGUUCUGCGAUCAGAUGGGGGAGGAAUUGAAGGAUGCAAUGGAACAGGGCAAGAUCGGUACCAUAUAUAACGUUGGUAUGCAAGAUUGGACACCGGAGAAGGGUAAAUAUUGGAUGAUAUGGUGCCAGUGGUGUGUCGGACACCUCCCUGACACCGAGUUGAUUAAGUUCUUCAAAAGGUGCAUCGAUGGUUUGCAACCAAAUGGCACCAUUUUUGUUAAGGAAAACAAUACACCAUCGGACCAAGACGAUUUUGACGACACAGAUUCAAGUGUCACUCGAUCAGACGCCAAGUUUAAAGAACUCUUUGCCCAAAGUGGUCUCAAGUUGAUCGCUAUCGACCGCCAGAAGGGCCUCCCACGGGAGUUAUAUCCUGUGAGGAUGUAUGCAUUGAAACCAAUCGAAACAGAUUCCUAA